AUGACAUCAAGUGGUCGACUAAUGACAAUAAUUUAUGCAAUCGUUGGUAUUCCACUAAUGCUUAUUACACUUCGUGAUCUUGGCAACUUUUUAUAUAAAGCAAUAAUCAAUUCAAUUCGAUUGAUGCAUUUCACAUCAAGACGAUGCAAGAUAUUUGGUAGUAAAACUUAUAAAACAACAAUUCAACAAAACAAUAGGGAUUUGGCAGAACUUGAAAGUGGCAUAUCCAUCGAUAACAAUAAUGCUGAACGUGAAAUUGAAAAUAGUGAUAAUUGUGAAGUGAAUGCGAAAUUUCACAUAGGCGAUGAAUUUAACGAAGAUUCGAUAAAAGGAGAAGAUGCAAAGACGAUAGAAGAUGAUGAUACGAUAUUGAGUAAUCCUAAUCCACCACUUCGAAUACCUGUACUUCUAGCUAUCGGAAUCACUUUCAGUUGGAUAUUCCUAUGUGCUGGACUUUUCAAAAUAUGGGAGCGCGAUUGGACUUAUGCAGAAAGCUGUUACUUCAUGUUUAUUAGGCAUUCAUUUAUGAUACUUGUGAUUCAAUCGAUGAUUUAA